AUGUACACAGAAGUGCAUAGGGUUCUCCUCACCUAUAUUAGAUCUGUUAAGUCGAUUAGGUUACAAGACCUUCUUGAUGCAUUUGUCUUGAUCUGUCACCGAUUGAGUGUCGAAGAGGAACCAACACUAAAUUUACUCAACAAGUAUAUUGCUGAUAUCAAUAUUCAAAUAUCACAACAGGGGUUCAAGAUAGAUCGAAAGAACGAUGAAGUUGAUGGAACAUUGCACUUUAUCUUUAUUAAUACCAUAGUUGAUGAUAUAAUGAAGGAAAGCUCGUUGUACACGACAACGGAACUUGUUUCAAUAAAGGGAAUAAUUGAAGAUAUAAUUGAGGCCCCGGAUUUUGCAUUUUCGACAAUCAGAACCACGGCACAGCAGAUUAUACAUGCUCACCAGAAUAAAGAUUUGAAAGAGGCCGCUGCUUUUGUCGAUAGAUUGAUAGACGAUGGAUGGUUUGACGCAACUUUGAACGAUCAUUUGAUAUUAUCAGUGAAAAGUCUAUGUGAAUUAAAACAAUACUUGAUUGAUGGAUACGGACCAGGAGAGGGUGACGAAGAUGGAAAGCUACUCAUUUGUCGUCAAUGUAAGGAGAUUGUUACUAUGGGGCUAUUUACACCAGAAAAGGAUGCCUUUCAUGGCAAAUGUUAUGAAGUAUAUUGCAGAAACAAUGGUGUACUUAAUAGAGAGCCAAGCUUAAAGAGAGUAGGGCCCAACCCUUCCAUUCUAUAA